CUUCUCAUACAUACUCCGUACUACGUAGUCAAAGGAGUGAGUCCAGAGCAAGGUCGCCGUCAGGGAUUGCAGGGCGGUCCUGCGAGGACCGUCUUGGCUGUACAUCUCAGUCAGGGAUUGAGGCGUUUGUGGGGACAGGGAGGCGUCUGCUACGUGGGCCUCCGUAGAUGGACCGAAGGGGGAGACACAGACUUGCAGCACGUGUGAGUGACAUCUCAUCUUUCCGGCUGAUGUUUAACGUUUUCGUCCCGUCUCUUGUAGGGGUGGCAUUUUGGUAUAUAAGCCCGAGCAUCAUCACUCUCUAUGGUGGUCUGGUCCUUUCACCACCACCACCCUCCACACACUCCCUUUUCAACUCGCUUCUUUUAUCUUUCACUCCCUCGGCAGGAUCCGAAAGCUCGCAGAUCAGGUAUCACUCCUUUGAACGCUCAAUCAGCAGCUUCACUCCUUUGCAAGCCCAGUCUUCCUGUCCUUCGACAAUAGCCUUAGAUCAACGAGAUCAACUCAGCAGCCUACCGAACCACAAACAGUCCCUUCCAGAACCAUUACCACAUACUUCGACUUCAGUCAAUAUGUUCUCCAUCACUUUGUCCACCUUCCUUGCUGCUUCGGCCAGCUUGGUCUCGGCCGCCUCCAUUCCGGUCCGGGAUGCCGGCAAGUCCGGCUCCGCCAGCAUUACGCCCCACGACGCCUUCUCUUCUUCCAUCGGUGUCCUUGGUUGCAAGAUUGACAUUAACCGCGUUGCCUACUGGCCCAACUCCGUCGGCUGCGAUGACAUCUGCGUUAAAGUCUCCAACGGCGACCGCAGCGUCAACCUGCUCCGCAUCGACCAGUCGGGCGGUGCCUUCGACAUUUCCUACGAUGCCUGGAACUACCUUAGCACUGGCAAAUCUGCCACCGAUGCUCCCACCGAGGGCGGUGGUAUUCCCAUGAACUGGGAGACCGUCCCCGCCAGCGAGUGCAAGGACCUCCUCAAGGACGGCGGCAGGCUGCCCCUCUCUGCUGCCAACAGCAUGAACUACCUGUCUUCUUGCCUUGCCCAGCCUGAGAGCUUCGUGGCCAAGAACCACGCUCUCUUCAACAUUCAGAACUCUGCCUGCACCUGGGGUGUCGAUGAGGAGUGCAAGCUCGACCUGGCAGUCAGCAACCAAGCCUCCUGCCCCAGCGGCCUCGGCAGCAUCAAGGCCUUGACCAGCCUUCCUGUCGAGAACAUUGCCUACGGUACUGGCAAGCUUUCUGUCGCUCUUCAGUGAACGCACGAAAGCGCAUAUUUAUGAUAUGAUGCACACGAAUUUUACGAUACUUGUAUAUACUUGAUAGAAAGGGAUUAGCAAGAGAAAAGGAUUACUUCACUUUCUACUACGAUACUUGGAAUCCUAUAGUGAUGUAAUGCCCUGAUGAACCGCAAAUUUUUG